AUGUUAAUGUUGUUUGUGUGACAGUACCAAGUGGGUCAGCUGUUCUCUGUGGCUGAGGCCAGUAAAAAUGAGACAGGCGGUGGUGAGGGCAUUGAAGUACUGAAGAACGAGCCCUAUGAAAAAGAUGGUGAGAAAGGACAGUAUACGCACAAAAUCUACCAUUUAAAGAGUAAAGUACCAGCAUUUGUCAGGAUGCUGGCCCCAGAGAGCUGCCUGGUUUUCCAUGAAAAAGCUUGGAAUGCCUACCCCUACUGCAGAACCAUUGUGACAAACGAGUUUAUGAAAGACAAUUUCUUAAUUAAGAUCGAGACAUGGCACAAACCAGAUGUUGGAACACAAGAAAACGUGCACAAACUGGACAAGGCCCAAUGGGAGAAGGUUACUGUUGUGAUGAUUGACAUCGCAAACAAUGCAGAAGUGGAGACUGCAGACUACAAGCCAAAUGAGGAUCCCAGCAAUUUCAAGUCAGUUAAGACAGGCAGAGGACCUCUUGGGCCAAACUGGAAGAAAGAGUUGGUUAGUCAGACUGACUGCCCAAAGAUGUGUGCCUACAAACUGGUCACAGUCAAGUUCAAGUGGUGGGGUCUGCAGAACAGAGUGGAGAACUUCAUCCAUGUCCAAGAGAAGAGGAUCUUCACUAACUUUCACCGCCAACUCUUCUGCUGGAUUGAUAAGUGGGUGGACCUGAGUAUGGAUGAUAUCCGGCGGAUGGAGGCAGCGACACAGAAGGAGUUGGAGGCGAUGCGUAAGAAGGGCUCUGUGCGAGGUACAAAGCCUGCAGACCAGUAGCUAGGCCAGCUUCGCAGACAGGGUGAAGUUCGAGGAACCAGCGCUGCAGAAAAAUGAAAAGGCAACAGAUCUUAAACACCCAUGAUGACAACAGCUAUGGCUAUGGUGCCACUUUUUUUUUUUUUCUUUUUUUUUUUUUACCUUAACUGGUCCAGGCUGUGGGCAGGGGGGGGCACUGCUACCUACAAUCAAUAGAGCAGAUCUCUGGCUUGCACCCAAUCAUAGACAUUCUAUCAACUGAGGAAUUGAUUUCUAGAAACCAUCAUGAUCCCUGCUGAUAAGACUCUGGUUAAUUUUGAUCCCCUGGGCAGAGAAACGCCAGGUUUCAGCAUCAUGUUAUUGACGAGACCCAAAAUUCUGGAGAGAUGUGAAGAGGAGCUACUUGCAGAGAGAUUUUUUUACAAAAGCAAUUCAUUGGUUUGAUUUCACAGUGGCAGGUGUAGGACCAAAUGUUUCCUCUGUACUUUCUUGGUUUUCCUCUUUCCCUUCCUUUUUUGCUAAUGUUUAUCCUCUAAAACAUUCCUCUCUUGAUGAUCUUUGUCUCCUUGGUUUUAACUGUACACAGUGUGGUUCGGUGGUUUGCAUUCCCUGGCAUGAGUCUGUCUGUUUGUCAUACUCAUGUUUCUUCCUGCCACAGCCUCCAUUAAGAGAUUACUAACACCCUUGGCACCUUGGCCCAUUGCAAUCCUCCCCCCACCUCACCCAAAGCACUGCAUCUUAUUAGCACUGACAAUCAUGCCCGAACAGGUAUUCACUCUCACUCCCAUACAGAUUUAAUAGAACUCCCCCACAUACACGUCCAUAUGACACGCAUACAUCGCGCACAUUAGGAUAAACGUGAAUUCAUUUUCACCCACACUUGCAGGUGCAGAUGCCUUUGUGGUGACUGAUCUCUUAAAAGCUCAUGCUGGGCAGAUCCAUGCAAGCUUGUUCAGCUAAAGGAUGUUACCUUGGAAGUGUUUACAGCUCACACUGACUUUUUUUUCCCCCCCCUUUCACAAACACUCCAUAUUCAGAAGACAUUCUCACACAACGUACAACACAGCAUUCCCCUCCCUUACAGAUGUCCCUUGAGAGACAAGGCACUGAAAAACGGCCACAGAUGGUGCUGCACCUCUUGUCACCAUACCCCCCCACACACGUGGUUCUCUGAGGUAGACCACCUCCGAACGGCCUCCUCUGUUUUCAUGUGUUUACAGAUUCAUGGCUGCCUUAUCAGUGCACACACGACACCAGCGCCACACACUUGCUUGCCUUAAUCUCCAGACCUUUGUAUUUAUCGUUCCUAUCAAACCUCUUGUACCUCUGCUGCCAGCUUUUGCUCCAGCUACCUCCCUUAUUUCUGACGGGCAAUCUACCUAACGACUAAACGUUAGCAGUAGCUUUUAGCUGCCACUUGAUGGGAGUAAAUCAUAUCACACAGAGCUUGAUGAGCAAAGUUGAUUUAUGAUGACUCCUUGUUUUCUUCAGGGUGUAGAAUGCCAUGUGAUUCCCUUGUUUCCUGAUUAUGUGUCACAGCGCCUGAGCAAUUGAAAUUCCUUCAGCAAGAACUUUGUAUGUUUGUGCUGUAACAGCCAGUGUGCACUGUUGCUCCAAAGGGCUGAUUUACAUCUGUGCCUCAAACCCGCCAUGUUAAUGGAUAUGCCAUUAUGAUGACACAACUUGGCUUCAGACACGCAGCACUGGCCUAAAGGUCUGAUCAUCUCUAGUGUUAUAUACAUAACUAUAUACAGUACAAAUGGUUUCCUUGGCUCAUUCUUACUGUUUGUGGGGUUUUUCCUGGUGUGUCUCCAGUUGUGCAACAGCAAUCUGGGGUUUGUUUUUAUAGAGAGCUAUUAUCCACAUUUUUAAGACACUGAUGCAGUGAUACUUUGUUCAAAGAUGUUUUUAUUUUCAUUCUCUCUGGCGAGGGAAUAUGAUCACUUCCUUUAGUAAUGGGUUAUUGGCUUGUACGAAAUAGCAUAAAUGGAUUUCUGAUAUGUUUACAUGUAUUCAGCAACUGUAGACCGUUUUAGAUAAAGGAACAUUUGAGUCUGAGACAAAAUUUUUCAAAAAAACAAAUCUCAGGUGAACAAUACAGCGCAUGGGUCUCUUUGAUAUUCCUGCUCAUCACUUGCCCCAGACCACUGAGUUUCUCUCACCGUCCCAUAGUUUACUGUGGGAAGUGUGGUGCUAAAGUUUGAAUAUGACAGGAGCUGAUUGUGAUAAAGUCUAGUUGGAGUACAUGAGUCAGUCAGUUGGUCUUUGUUUCUGUUCUGGUGGGGCAGUAUGCAUUCAAAGAGUGAACAAAUAUAAUCAUUGUUUCCAAGUCUAUUGUAAUGAUUCUUGCUGUCUGCUGAAUACAGAACCCAGUGGCUAAAGAGAAUAACUUUCAUCAGUGGUUUUCCAUCUGGUAGUAUUCACAUAGCUACUGUACAGUCUUAUCCUAAUUUAUGAAAUCUAUGAUUGUUUAAUUUCUGAGCUGCUUGCUUUUUAAUGUUUCUGAUCAGCUUUUUGAAAUUCAGGGGACCUGGUAGUGAAUGUACGAUAUUUUGUGCCUUUUUCUUUCUGUCAAUCUUUGUGUGCCAUCUUCUUAUUGUAUCUAAAUAUCAAAUAAAAGGUUUAUCUAGUUCA